AUGAUCCUCCGAACGCCACGUCCGAGGAAGCGAAGAGCCGAUUCGUCGUUUCCGGAAGAAAACUAUGUUUCUAGCAGUAGCCGUAGCCCUAAGGAUAAUGCGCAGCUCAUCAUCUACGAGGAUUCUCCAGUUCCGGUGCCGGAAUCUUCUCAUGACCAUCAAUUCUCAUCCGAGGAGAUGCUCUGCACUUAUCAAUGCCGUCAGAUGGUGAAAUCAGAGUUCUUCGAAGCCUUGAGUAGUGCAGAAAAGCAGGCGCGUGAUUCUCAAACUAAACUUGAAGCAUUGAAUGAAGAUCUCAGCAAAGCCGAUGCUGAAAGGAAACAAUUUAGAGAGAGGUUGUUAUAUUCAGAACAGGAACUUGCUGCUGCUAAAAGUCGUGAACAAGCUCUGCAAGACCGUCUCUUGCAAGAGGUCACUUCUUCUGAAGAACGUUUAAGAAAACAGUUGCAGCUUUAUAAUGAGCUUGAGGUAAAAUUCCAUAAUGAGGCGGAUAUGCGCAAAAAAGCCGAAUCUGCAGCGAAGUUGUCUGAAGAAAGAGCAAGUACAUUGGAGGGGAAACUAAGUAAUGUUUCUCAGAGUAUUGAAAGGGAGAAAAUCCGGCUUCAGAAUGAGCUCGCGCAGCUGAAAAGCGAGUCAAAACUAUCUGCCUCCAGAAUAAGAGCAGAUCUUGAAAAAAUGGAAAUGCGGGCUAAACAUGCUGAAGAAGAGUCAGGACUACUCAAGAACCAGAUUGAACAACUAAAAAAGCGGCUUAAUGAAUGCAUGCAGCAGAAAGGUGACUUGGAGAAAAAGUUGCUCUCUAUCACUCCUCAGGAAGCUACAUCACCAGAUACUAGUGCAUUAGUAAAGCAUUUGCAAGAAGAACUUAAGAACUAUGAGUCUGAAGUGCAUGAAGCCAGAAAUAUUAAAUCUUCACAUGAAAAUGUUGAGGUACUGAAGGAAAAACUUUUAGAAGAAAAGAGGGGUAGAGAAACGGCUGAAUUGGAGCUUCUUAGAUUGACAGGAAUUGAGAAGACCGUUACGAAGUUACAGAAUGAGUUGUCUAUUUGGAAAUCUUCAAUGAAAAACAUUCCUGGAGUUUCCUGUGCUGAUGACGUGCAUAUCGUAUUUGGAUCUUUGCAAAAGGAAGUGAUUGAAAGCAUGACAAAGGUUAGUGAAGCUCAGCAAAGUAUGAAACAGAUUGAGGUGGCUCUUGCUCGUGCCGAACAUGAUAAGCAAAAUGCAGUUGCAGAAGCUAAAUCAGCUAAAGAGAAAGCAGAAUCAUCACAGUCAGAGGUCAAGAGAAUUGAACUGAUGCUUGCGUCUAUUUCGGAGGAAGGAGACCGUUUAAAGAACAUGGUUGAUGAACUGAAAAAGGAAAAAAACACUCAGGGUGGGACAGAAAUGGUGAAUGGAUCACUUCUUAAGGAGCUUGAAGCAUCCAUUUCGAAGAAAGAGAACUGUAUUAAGGAACUUGAAAGCAAUUUGCAUGAGCAAAACCUUGUUAAUAUUCGUCAGCAGAAUGAGGUUAAGUUACUUAAUGAGAGGCUAAGUGAUGAGGUGAGAAAAGUCAAGUCAUUGGAAAGAGAAGGUGAUCGACUUCGUUCUGAGAUUGCUCUUUUGGAGGCAAAGUUGGGGCAUGGUGAUUUUUCAUCGGCAAACACAAAAGUUUUGAGAAUGGUCAAUAGUCUUGCUGUAGAUGAUGAGGCAAAACGGACUAUAGAGGCUUUGCAAAAGGAGUUGCAAAAGAUGAAGGAGAAGCUACUGGCUGUGGAAGAGUUAAAGAAGCAAUCAGCUGAUGCUGGGACGCUGGUGGACUCCUAUGUUUCGGAGAAGAUUGUGCGGUUGAAAGAGCAAAUUGCAACUCUUGAAAAGCGAGAGGAAAGAUACAAGACUGUUUUUGCCGAGCGAAUCUCUGUUUUCCGAAGGGCUUGCUGUGAACUUUUUGGCUACAAGAUUGUAAUGGAUGAUCAUCAACGACCAGAUGGGAUACCGGUGACUCGAUUUACACUCUUAUCUAUCUAUGCUCAGAGUGAUGACGAGCGACUCGAAUUUGAAUACGAAUCAGGGAACACGAAUAUAAUGGUGAAUGACUAUACGAAACAGCCAGAGAUAUCUCGCCAGAGAUAUGCUGUCUUUGAUUCUAUUGCAUGUAUUCUCUCAUUGUCUGUAGUCUGGUUUAGUUUGUUCGCUCGUUCAUCUCAAGAGUCUCAUCUCUAUUACCUUUGUGAUAGUAAGAUUGCAACUUUGAAAGUAUUAUCCACAGAAAGUAUCUGA